CCCGACAUCUCGCUCACUCACGCGAGCCAACCCGAGAGACGACGAGCGUCGCGAUCGUCUUCAUCAGAUCGCGUCCUUGCUUUUUGUCGGCCGUCAUCAUGACGCGGCAGACGAGUGUGUUGCUCUAUGGCGGCAUAGCGACACUCAUCUACAUUUGCCUAGCAUUGGGUAUACUUCAUCUACCCCUCGUGUCAGAAUCGGCUUCAGACGAGCUCGUGCCUGUGCUGCCGUGGUGGGCAUUGGUCACGCUAGGAUCAUAUUGCCUGGGUGAACUAGGCUACGGCGUGCUCACUUUUGGCGAUUGCGAGGAGGCCUACACCGAAUUACUCGAGGAAGUAUCACAAGCGAAGAACGAGCUACGAGCAAAAGGUGUAGCGAUAGAUUGA